AAAAAACAAAAUAGAAAGACGAGGGAGGGAAGAGAGCGGUCGAUGCCAGGGACAGCUGCAGAGAGAGAACCGGCGAGGGCAAUGGCGGCGGCGGAGCCUGUGGAGCCUCAAUCUCUGAAGAAACUGAGCUUAAAGUCCCUGAAGCGUGCCCUAGAUCUCUUCUCUCCAGCCCACGGCAGUCACGUGCCUCCAGAUCCCGAGAGUAGGAAGAUUCGGCUCAGCUACAAGCUGAAUGCGGAAUAUGGAUCGGUUAAGAACUUGUUGAAUGACCAAGCUUGUGAACAGGGCAGAGACAAUGCACAGGGCCAAGGAGGUCCAGCUUCCACCUCUUCUGAAUUGGCAUUAACAGGCAAUCACGAAUCUAAGGAUCAGAAGGAGGGAGGCCAAAACACUCUUGUAGCUGCACCAGCAAUGCUACCUAGAGGACCGGAUGUAGGGAAUCCAGGUCGAAAUGCUGCUGGAGCUAUAAUAUCGGUUCCUGGAUCAUCAGAAAGACAUCACUCAACAUCCGCGCUAAUGGAACGGAUUCCUAGUAGAUGGCCUCGUCCGACCUGGCAUGCUCCAUGGAAGAACUACCGGGUUAUCAGUGGGCACUUAGGAUGGGUGAGAUCUAUUGCAUUUGAUCCAAGCAAUUCAUGGUUCUGCACUGGUUCUGCAGACAGGACAAUAAAGAUAUGGGAUAUUGCAUCUGGGCAAUUAAAGCUCACAUUGACUGGACAUAUUGAACAAAUACGAGGUCUUGCUGUCAGCCAACGACAUACUUAUAUGUUUUCUGCGGGUGAUGACAAGCAAGUUAAAUGCUGGGACCUUGAACAGAAUAAGGUGAUAAGGUCUUAUCAUGGACAUCUCAGUGGUGUCUAUUGCUUAGCUCUGCAUCCGACAAUUGAUAUUUUAUUCACUGGAGGUCGAGAUUCUGUAUGCCGGGUCUGGGAUAUUCGUAGCAAGGCAAUGGUUUUUGCUUUAUCUGGACAUGAUAAUACUGUUUGUUCAGUUUUUGCUCGACCUACGGAUCCACAGGUUGUAACUGGCUCCCAUGACACCACUAUCAAGUUUUGGGAUCUUGUUGCUGGAAAAACAAUGACAACUCUCACACACCAUAAGAAAUCAGUUCGUGCUUUGGCGCUACAUCCAACAGAGAACACUUUUGCAUCUGCAUCAGCUGACAACAUAAAGAAAUUUAGCCUUCCUAGAGGCGAAUUUUUGCACAAUAUGCUGUCUCAACAAAAGACAAUCAUAAAUUCAAUGGCAGUAAAUGAAGAUGGGGUCCUUGCAACUGCAGGUGAUAAUGGUAGCCUAUGGUUCUGGGAUUGGAAGAGUGGCCAUAAUUUCCAGCAGUCGCAAACUAUCGUCCAGCCUGGUUCACUGGAUAGUGAAGCAUGUAUUUAUGCUCUUUCAUAUGAUAUGAGUGGUUCGAGACUUGUUACGUGUGAAGCUGACAAAACAAUAAAGAUGUGGAAGCAGGACGAGAAUGCUACACCAGAGACCCACCCGAUUAACUUCAAACCACCUAGAGAAUUCCGAAGAUAUUGAAGAUGCCUCUAAUUAGAAGCUCAGGUGCAUACAAUAUGCUGAUUGAACCGGGAAAGGACUGUAAGAGGAUAAUGUAGAGCAAGAAACUGGUGUAAAAGGGGACCAGAUCCGCAUCGAAGAGGCAAAAGCCACCCGUCAAUAUUCUCUGUACGGAAGUUUAUAUUCUCUCAGUCAUAAAUAUUUCUGAAAGUUUAAGGUGUAAACAUAUCUGUAAGUUACGAUGUGCAAUUACUAUUCUUGACUUCAAAUUUCUGAAUUUAUAUCUGUUCUUCAGUUUUGAGAGAUUUGCACUUCAACUGAUGUGUAUAUCAAGAAGAAAUGUCGUGAUAUUGGA